GUUGUGCCGCCCUGCACUCAAAACUGGCGCGUCGCAGCCCGACAAACGGCAGCCACAACACACAAAGCAGCUGCCAAUCGCGGCUGCCCCGUAUACAUAACAAGAGGCAUAACGAUGAACGCCCACCUCCCCGCCCAUCUGGACUCCAUGAAGGCGCCGCCGCAACGCGACGCCGUCCACGCCGCAUUUUUAAGAGCGUCGCAGGACGGCAAGGCCCUCACGGCGGAGUCGGAGUGGCGGCGCUUUCUGGGGGAGCUCACUUCAUUGAAAGUGUGCUCGUCGAGCAAGGAGCGCCGCGUCCUGGAAGAGGCGUGGGCUACUUGUGAAACCCCUACAGCGAAGAGAAUGACCUGGACCGACUUCCGGAACCACGUCGUGGCGCAGUUCCUGGAUGCGGACGACCAGUCGGAGCAGGCGCGCGACGCUGUCAGACGUGUGAGAGCCGCGGCCAAGCAGCUGCAAGCGCUGUCCCUGGUCGACGAUGCGCCUCUCAAAAGGUGUCGUGAAUUACUUGAGAGAUGUAGAGACGCCGACGAGGCCCUGGAGGCCGGCGAAGCUUUGGUCGAAGCGUCGCUCAAAGCAAACGCCAAGGAACUCGAAGCGUGGACAGCAAAGGCCAUGACGACGAACGACGACUCGGACGACGAUGAAGAGUUAAUAAGACCGGCGAACCCCGUGCAGUGGCAGCUCACGAACUCUCUACAGGUCGAGAAGGCGGCGGGAAAGAAUCGAGUCACGUCAAGGGACCAGAUCAAGUUUCCGCGCGGCGGUGGUCGGGUCGAGGAUCUGUGGGGGUUGAGCGGUGGCUACGACGGGAGUUGCGUGGAAGUUCGGAGGGCUCGGGUUCUCUGCGCGGACGGGGAACAAAGGGACGCGUACGUGGUGGCCAUGGUGCCUCCUAGGAGAGGUGCUCGCGUCGAUCCAAGGACGGCGGCGGAAGCUCGAAAAGCCUGCUGGCGCACGUACGCCGCGCAUCGAGAACUAUCAACUUCAAACGGUCUGUGCAAGGCCUACGGCUGGUUGGAAGAACAACCCGUACCGCAGGGUCAACGGCGUAUGAAUAAUGAUGACGAGGACGCGCCGCCUGGAAAUGGCCCGUGGUUCGUCUACGAGCGACCGAAGGGCUGUGCGUCGAUCGUGAGCAUGUUGGCCAAGGUCGAGGCGCGGAAACGACGACCGCCACCGCUGUCCGCGGCGUCGCCGCUCGUGCGGCAUUGGUUACGGGAGGCCCUGAGCGCCCUGGCCGACAUCGAUCGGUGCGCGACGUAUUCACUCAGGGAACCGUUCCCGGGCGCGAAGCCCCUCGAGGCGAAGAAUUUCUACGUGGGCGACCACGGCGCUUGUUUAAAGAUGGGCUCGAUCCCUUGGUCGGAAUCAUGGGACGCGCCGCUGAAGGUUUCCACUGUUGAAAAUCGGUCGAGGAUGUUGGUAUCGGCCUUCGGGGAAGUAGCUUCAGCGAUACUAGGGACGUUGUGCGAGGAUCGAAGAACGGCUGAUACAUUUAAAAAGAUGGGUGGCGCGGACAAGCCGCCGAAAAAAGUGUAUGUGGAGGACGACGCCGUGGCCGGCGUCUACGCCUCGCCCGGCGAAAGAUUCGACAUCCUCCUGGAUCCGCCGAAACGGGGCGUAGCGCAUCGAUGGCGCGCCCCUGACCUAGGAAGUAUGCACGCGGAAGAAGUUCUAGAUUUCUGCGACGACUUGGAGCCCGGGACCGCGAUGCCCAUGGACGGUCCAAGUGGUAGAGUGCGCAUCAAGUGUACCGCUUUAAGGCCGGGGGCCUGCGUUUUGCAGUUGGUCGCUCUGUCGCCGGGCGACGGCCAUCGGAGUGAUAGCCUGACCGUACCGAUCUUCGUCGCGGAGGAAGGCCUACCUCCGGACCUGUCCUCGAUCCUAGCGAGAUGUAGAGACGGCGCGCGGCCCGUGCCCGGGUCCAAAGCGACGACGCCGCGCGCGUUACUCGCGCACCCGUUCUUCCUGCCUUUGGAUGCCGAGGAGCUCGCGGCCGCGAUGGACUCGUACUCGCGGUUGUUUCUGAGUGGUGGGGAUGAAGAAUACGAUGAGACGCUCCCGUACCCGGAGAAGCCCGGCCGUAGGAGUGGACGGCGCCUGGACGACGCCGAGGAGUAAAAAUAUAAUUACAUAU